AUGAAGCUUGCCACUUCUACUGUAGAUAUUCCCUCCGCCUCUACACCUAAUCCCAACCAAACUGAAGCUCCUUCCUGUUUAAAAAAGCUUGUGCGUACCGUCAUUCGCAGUUUCUAUUCGAGGGAACACUCCCUCAUAAUGGACUUAUUGGUGAGAAAUACAAUAAUGAAGGAGGAUGACCUUUGUGAACGACUGCGUUUCGAAAAAAAGCAGCUCCGUCAGCACCUCCACACCCUCAAGACAGAUCAAUUUAUCAAGUCCAAGUUGCAAUUGGAAACUGAUGCAGAGGGCAAAAUAGCGAAAAUCAUCCACUACUUCAUCGACUACAAGCUGUUCGUGAAUAUCGUCAAGUACCGCUUGGACCAAAUGCAGCGAAAGCUGGACGACGAGCAACUAAAGACAUCCAUUAGAACACGCUUUCGUUGUCUGUCCUGCAAAAACUCUUAUACCGAUCUUGAGGUAGAUCGACUAUUCGAUCCGACAGCCGGAAAGUUGGUCUGUGUCUACUGUCGAGCUGACGUUAAAGAGGAAGAGGACAAUGACCAGCGAUCAGACGCGCGAGCUCUCGUUGCCAACUUUCAGCAACAGGUGCGUUUGCCGCUGGAUGCGUUGUUGAAAGAAUGCGAUCAAGUUCACCUGACAUCUUCCAUACUGGAACCGGAGUUCCGUGCCUUGGAACCGCUUCCUGGCGCUGCGUCUGACGUGAAUGCGUCGACGACCGGCGUCAGGGGCCCCCUUGGGCAGGAUUCGUGGCUCAACGACCCCAACAAAGGAGCUGUGGGUGGUGCGGCGGGCUCAGUGGAGAGCACUGUGAUAAUUGUGUUGGACGGUAAUGCAAGUACCAACACCACCGUCCGAAAGGAGCGACCCAUCUGGAUGUCCGAGAGCACUGUCAGCUCUGGCCUGGGUGAACUGGAUCGCGGUGCAGCCACGGGUAACGCGUCCGGCGGCUCGGCUAAGCUGGAUCCAACCACGCAGACCUUGGCUCCAGGCCGUGUGCCCACGAGUCUGCACGACACCUCCAAUUCCACGGACGGCCCACAAACUUCCAACCAGCAGAACUCCAGUUCGUCCGCCAACAACGCCAAUGUGACCUCGGCGUCCGACAUCAUGCAGCUGCUGCGAGUUCACGAACGACGCGGCCUUGGAAGCCAUGGACCCAAGUCCGCCUUGAAUCGAACGCCCAACAACCCAGCUUCCAAGGCCUCUGCUUCAUCCAACUUCAGAAACGGCCAAAACGGAAUCUCAUCGCCUGCUCAAAAUACUGCUCUAAACCAUGAGGCCACUGCAACGCCACCAAGGUAUGUUGUCAACCUCGGGGGUACCCCUACACCAUACUUGGACAUCACACCGGCUAUGAUUAAGAAGAUGACUCCUUUGGAACGAGCGGAAUACGUGCAAGUCGGGCAGAGGUUGUACAGUGAAACUGUUGUCGACUAG